UUCUUCAUCCUCGUCAGCAUUGUCUUCCUCACGCAGCUCGUGGGGGCUAUUCUCUUCCUGGUGCACUGGAAACAGGUCCAGCCCGAGCGUUUCCUGAACGAGCUGCGCAGCAACUACCGCGGGGAUGAGGCUGCUGAGGUCUUCUCCACCGCCUGGAACACCCUGAUGAUCACAUUCUCGUGCUGUGGCGUUUUAGGACCCGAAGACUUUGGGAAUGGCUCUCAGUUCCAGGAGCUGCACCCGGGCACGCCGUGGCCGCAGGCGUGCUGUGCCCGCGAUGGGCUCCUGCAGGCGGGAGAGCUGCUGGGCUGGGAAGAGUGCCGGGACAGGAGCCCUGGGUACAUCCAUGAGCAGGGCUGCUUCUCCACCUUCGGCAGGACCCUGCAGAGAUACAUCACUGUCCCUGGGACCUGCAGCUUGGCCGUGCUGGGCAUCGAGAUCUUUGCCAUGUUCUUUGCCUUCUGCCUUUACUACAACUUUGACUGA